AAUCGUCUCUAGUUGUUUACAAAAUACUUACAAUAAUAUAAAUUAUUUAUUCUAAUUAAUAUGACAUAAAAAAAAAAAAAAGAAAUUAAGAUACAUUUUUAUGUUAUUCAAUUUCAAAAAACAAAAUGCCGAAAGUAAAAAAAAGAGAAAAAGUAUACGGCAGAGAUGAAAUAGCAGCCGCAUUAGCAGACGUCAAAAAAGGUAUUCCAUUGAGAACAGCCAGCAAAUCGCAUGGAGUUCCACGAUCGACUUUAUACGCAAAAUUCAAAAACAAAACUCCUAUUGAAGCCAAACCCGGACCCUCGACUUAUCUUUCUCACGAAGAAGAGAAUCAAAUAAUAGAAUGGAUUUUUUAUCUCCGAGACCGCGGGUUUUCCGUUACUAAAAACCAGCUCCUCGAUAGCGUUCGCGAUCUAAUAAUAAGAUUAGGCCGUACGACUCCUUUUACUGAUAGCCGACCAGGAAGGCACUGGUACGAGGCAUUUUUACGUCGUCAUCCUGACGUUGCUGAGAAAAUAAUCAAGAAUUUGACUUAUAGUCGCGCUUCAGUUACCAAGAAAUCAUUGAGGCACUGGUUCCUCGAAGUGAAACAUCAUCUGGAAGUUAAAAAUUUAAUUAACAUCUCGGGGAGUCGUAUUUUUAAUGCCGAGGUAAGUAGGUUUCAAUUAUCUUCAAAACCAGACCAAAUAAUCACCAGAGAAUUUAAAAAACUAAACAAAGACAGCGCUAAUGAUAAAGACAAUAUUGAAACUCUGUUAAUAAUAAAUGCCGCUGGAGAUGUUGUUCCUCCGAUGGUGGUCUAUCCGUACCAGCGAGUUCCUCACAAUGUGUCAAAAAAUCUACCCGAGGGCUGGUUCAUGAGCGCGUCUGCUACAGGAUUAAUUACUGGGGAAUUAAUAUACGAUUACAUUAAAAAUUUAUUUCAUCCUUGGAUUGUUAAGAAUAAGAUCCAGUUACCCGUUGUCCUUUACGUUGAUGGCAACUCUAGUUUGACGUUACCUCUGAUAAAUUAUUGCCGGAAAAUUAACAUCGAGUUGGUUGGACUCUGUCCCAAUGCGGCGCAUUUAUUGCAGCCAAUGGAAGUCGCGGUUUUGCGGCCGCUUAAGGCCACUUGGAAGCAAGUCGUCAAUGAACAUCUUGGAGGGAGUUUAAAAGGUUUUAAAAAAGAUAAUUUUGCGCCUUUGUUGAAUAAAGCGCUCAAGUCUAUUGAUGGACUGGGUGAUUUUAUCAAAAGCGGGUUCAAAACUUGCGGUCUCCAUCCGUUUUCUAUUGAAGUUGUCAACUACAAUGUGACGAAUGAUAAAAAAAACCUGGAUGAUGAUAAUGCUGAUGAUGAUUAUAAUGAUGGGGUUGGCGAGAGUAAAAGAGAGGAGUAUAGUGCAGAUAUGAGUGACCUGAGUUUUAAUUAUGAUUCCGAGGAUUACAAAAAUCAUCUAGAAUUUUUUGAAAAACAUUUAAGUGACUCAUUAUUGUUUAGUUUUAAAGACUCGGAACUCAAAGAAGUUUAUGACGGUGAUGAGUGUAAUGAAGGACUGUUUAAUUACUGGAUUAAUAUUAAAAAAAGAUGUUUAUAAAAUCGUAUAUUUUAUUUAAUUUGAAUAAAUAAUAUUUUUUUAUUG